AUGAAGAAAGUACGAUUAGCAUCCUCGACAGCUCCUGCUGAACAUGGUCGAUACAUCUACGCCUACUGCAAUGUCCGGACGAAGCAAGUCGUCUACUCACUAAGCCAUACCUUGAAUAGCCACGCAUCAAUCAAACAACUGCCCGACCUCGGCGCCAACAACAAACCCAACGCCAUCCGCAAAGACAUCUGGCGACCGCUCUACACCCUCGCCCUCCCCACCACCCACCCACACGCCCUCUCCCAAGGCCUCGACGCCUUCCAAAAGCUCCGCGAGUACCGCAAACUCCACGAACUCAACUGGACGCCCCCACUGAGCCUCAGUCAGAACUACAGCAAUGCAGACAUCGAGCACGAAAAGCAGCAGUUGGAGGACCGAGGCGGGAGCAAGAAGGAGAGCGUCUACGAUGUCAUCAAACGGCGGAAGCGGAAGAUCCGGGUCGGGAUGGUGAUGAAUCAGAAAGCGAACAGUAUCGCCGAUCUAGCCGCCGUGCUGAUCGAGCAGGAGGAAGCAGGACGGAAGGCGGAGGAGAAGGUGCAGAAGUGGCGGUUGUUGGAGCGGGAGAAGGAGGUCAGGGAGAUGUUGGCUUUGGCGGAAGAGGUCGAGGCCGGAAAGGUGCAGGAGAUGGAGGCCAGGAUUGCGGAGAUUGAGAAGAGGUUGGCGGAUGUCAACGAUGAGUUGGCGGGCACGAGUCGGACGAAGUUGAAGAGGGAGGCAUAUCAGCUGGGCGCGACGAGGACGAGGAUGGUGUUUGCUGCUCAAGCUGUGCAGGAUGCGAGGGAGGCUAUGGAGAGGGAUGGUAGGGAUAUUGAAUUGAUACAGCCAGAGCAGGAAGAUGUUGUCGCAGUCAGUGCGAAGACCGCGGUGCUACCGCAUCUUGAAGGUACACCAUUACUGAUCGCACGCCAACUCAGUGAAGAUGCAGUCCGUGCAGAGGACGGCGGUCUAGCCAGUUGCGACGCUGCGAUCCUAGCUGCGCAAGCGUCUGUGGCAGCAAGUAUCGGCGGCAGAAGCGAAGGGAGCCGGCGCGCAGAAUUACGAGUCCAGCAGUUAGAUCGUGCGCAGAUGGAGUUGGCAUACAAUGCGACACAGUCACCAGGCUACACGGACGAUAUGGUCGCCCAGGUACCUGCAAUCAUGGCCAAGCUUCGAGAGAUGGAGUUCGACCUUAUGGCGAAAGAUCUGGAGGAGGUCGAGGAGCGAGGCGAGAAUGAGGGCCUGAUUGAGUCUCUACGUGAGAUGGUGGCAGCGCGGGAGAAGCAGCUAGAGCAGGAAGCGCGAGGUGAGCCGUCGACGGAGCGACAAUAUCGCAAGAAGGAAGUAGUGGAGGCCCCAGCGAGCGAGGACAACUCCGCCUCUGAAACCGCAGCAGCAGCAGCAAGCCCACAAGAAGAAAGCGGCAAACUCACCGACGCCCUUUCCUCCGACACCCAAGGAGCCGAAGCGGAAGCAGAAGCCGAAGCCAUCGAAGCGCCAAUAGACUGGUCCUCCCUCCUCCCCUCCUUCACCCCACGUAAACCCUCCACGAUCCCGAAACGCGGCCACCUGCGUCAGAAGCUCAAGCGACUCAACACGCCCAUCUUUAGCACGGAAGGGGUGAAGGUGAAAUGGCAUAACAUCCUCGACGCGGAGUUCGCCGCGGCAUGGCCGGCGAAUGUGGAGCAUGAACGCAUGGGGUGGAGUAAAUUUGUUGCGCCGAGGGGGGACUCGGAGGCGGUGGAUGAUGUUGGGGUGUGGAGGGAGAUGCAGGCGGAGAGGAGGAAGGGGUUGGGAAGGAGGGGGAGGGAGGUUGGGGAGAAUGAGAUUGAGGGGGAGGGUGUGGGGGGAGCAUUUGGGGAGAGGGUGGCGGGGAGGGCGAGGGCGGACAGGGAGGGGUUUGUUGAGGGGUUGGAGAGUAGGAUUUUGCAGGAAGUGAGGGAGUUGGAUAGGGGGAGGGAGGAGAGGAGGAGGAGGGAGAUGGAGAUGGGGGUGGAGGGGGAGAGGCUUGCUGAUGAGCAGCAGCAGCGGGUUGAUGUAUAG